AUGGAGCCUCCGGCACCGAUUCAAAAACCAGUGACAGAUUUGAUCUCAGAGCUUUGGAAAAUCAGCGAUACACCACUGGAUGAGAACGUCUUUUCGGAUUUGUAAGUUCAUUUUCAGAUUCUUUGAAAGAAGACGACAUUAAUUUAUAGUGCUAUGAAAUGGGCAUAUCAUUCGAAAUUAUAUGGAAAGCGCGCGGAAAGAACUGUUUGGCGCACUGCCAAAAAUCUAGGGGUGUUAGUUGUUAGAAAGUUAGUUUUUGGUGGGUGAGCCCCCUCGCUCUGUGCUCAGUCUGUAUCUCCCUAUUUGCACACUGUUUCUGCCGAGGGCCCUGCCGGCCGGAGGCCCCCUGUGCACAGUGGUGUCCUGAUGCGGCCACAGAUGGGUUGGCCGACACAAAACCGAAAGAGUUGGCGAGAGAGGAAAAGAGACUGUCUGAGCCUGGAGAAAAACAGUCUCUGCAUCCCCAUUGUAUUUCCCUUCUCUGACUCCCCUUGUUCUCUGGGUCUCCGCAGCCGCUCGCUACUCUCUUUUCUGUUGUGCAUAGUUGAGAAUGAUGGUCGUCUGAAAGCACACCAUUUUCAUCGGAUCUCAAACUUUUUUCAGAAAACAUAAUAUGAGGAUGAAUCCAUUCCGCCCGGCACUCCGCUCAAUUUUUUGUGACAUAAAAAGCAAAAAAGGAACAACUUCUAAUCGCAUGAUUCGAACGGAGAACGCUGCAAGAGAGAAUGAGGAGCGACUGGAUACGAUGCUGAAAAACGAGGGAAUUAUCGGACCAGACAAGACUAACGAAUUGGCGGAUGACGUCGUUGGAAGCGAUCGAGAUGAUUACCUGAAGAAGCUAUCAGAAGUGCGUCAUUCAUACGAGUCGAGAGUCAACUUCAUCGAUAAAAGCAAAAAGGAUAUGCUCGAGGCCGUCGGAUCGAUACUCCACGCUCAAACCGAGUUCCGGCCGAUUUCUCAAGAGGUACUAUUGCAAAAUUUUGACAGAAAGUGUUCAAUUUCUUGUAACCAAGAGACGAAAAAAGCUAAUAGAUACAAUUCAGGAAAUCGCAAAACUCUUGCAAACACGCGGUCGGCGAAUUGAUCAGUUCAGGCACGAUCUGAAACAAUCCGCAUGCGAAGCAGUCAUUCAUCUUCGCAAGAGGUACUUUGAUGCUCGUCGGAAGCGCAGAAACUUCUCGAAAUCGUCGACGGACAUUUUGAACGAGUAUUUCCAAGCCAACAUCGACUAUCCAUACCCAUCGGAAGAAGUGAAACAAUCACUUGCGUUGCAAUGCAAUAUCAGUGUGGCACAGGUGAGCAUUUUUUACAGGAUGCCUUUGAAUAUGACACAGAAAUAGGCAAUUCCGGCAUUACGAAUUUUAUUUUCAUUCCGACAUUCUAAAAACGUUUGAUUUCGCUCUGAAUUUUUGUCGAAAUUCCUUUCCUGAAUUCCAAACUGAAAACAGUGACCGUAUUAUUUGCUCGAAAACAAUUCACAGUUCUCACAUGCUUUCACUGUCCUCGAUCAUCUAGUUUUUGAAGAAUUUUGGAAAUGUCUUGUUGUUCAGGUGUCCAACUGGUUCGGCAACAAACGAAUUCGUUACAAGAAAACGAACAAAAUAAAGGAAGAGGAUACUCGUCGGACUGCUGUCGCUAUGAGCUCCAAUCCAUAUGGAUUUAUGCCCAACACUCUCGCCGGAAUGAUGAACCCGUACCAAAUGAUGAUGCCGAACAUGGCUGGCUUCAAUUUUCCUGCCAACUAUCCGAACAUGGUGAGUUAUUGAAAAAAUGAAUCAUAACGCACGUAUAACGAUGAUGGAAAAACUGAAAAGAUCUUCCUCUCUCUCUCUCUCUAGCUCUCUUUAGUUCUCUCUAGUUCUCUCUACUUUUUCUCUAGCGUCACAUUUUUCAUCUAUACGACAAAUUAACGUAAAAGUCAAUUUCAGAUGGCUCAAUAUCAGCAGUCGGCUCACCACAACAACCAGAUGCCUUGA